CGUGUUCUGAGGCAGCUAAGGCCAGAGUAGAUGCGAUGAGAUGAACUGACGUGGGGUUUUGAUCGAAUCAACGUUCCCCAAAGAUUUUGGAGUGGAGCGGCGUGAUGACCGGCAUCGAUAGAGACGAAGAGCCUCCAGAGAGCGAGAGCAACAUCCCCACAGCAGCGUGCAACGCCGAGGAGGCGCUGCGGCAGUCGGCCUUCGCGCAGAUCUCAUCUCUGUCGGUCUAUGCCCGGCUGCAGCGGACGAGCGGCGCCAUCGACGACGCCACCUGGCAGCGGUUUGCACACCAGCUCGACGACCUGCGCAGGGACAUGCUGCUGAUGCAUGGCCAUGAUGACAAUGCCCAGAAUGAUGGUGACAACGACAAUGGCGCCACGAUGGUGGACAACGGCGUGUCGACGUCGAUCUGUGAGCCGAUGCCCGAGCCGUAUGGGAGCCAGCAGCUGCCCACGCGCCGCGUGGUGAAGCUGCCGUCGAACAAGACGGCCCUGGGGAUGGGCAUGAUAAGCACCCAGACGGACCUGCACUCGGUGGAGUCGUCGCGAGUGGAGGUCGGGUGGGUGCAGUGGCUGAUGAUGAUGUUCCUGCACCCCAAGCACUUCGAGAACCUCACUCCGGCUCUCGAAGAUGUACGUGGACGAGAGGGGACAGGGGAGGGGCCAUGUGGAUGGAUGGAUCGAUGGACAACAAGCAAGGUGUGUUGUCCUUCGUUGCGUGUGUGUGUGUGUGUGCAGGUGGUUGACUUCAUGGUGCACGGGACCCCGCUUGAGACGUGGUGGGUGCGUAUUGCGGGGCUCAGCUUCUACCCUCACGACAGCAGGCUCGUCCGGCAGAUAUGGCCCAUCAUGAUCCACCUCAUCCUUUGGUGAGUGAGCAACGACCGACGUGUCGCACGUGUGGUGGGUGUCCAUUGGCCAUUGAUUGACGCCUGUCACGCCAUGCCGUGUCUUGUGUGACAGGCACGGCGCGAUAUGCAACGGUGUGGUCUUCUUCUUCUCGGCAAUCGACCCCAUGUGGUGCGACCGGAACUACGACUCGGACCUGUGUGAGGGGACCGACCUGCUCCUGCUCUUCAUGUUCUGGUCCAUCAGCCUCGCCGUCGCCGUGGCCUACACCGUGCUGCGCGUGCAAUGGGUGGGUGGGUGAGGCAGUGCAGUCAGUCGGGGAUCUGAUCAGGCAGCUCAGCUUGCAAAUGAGCAGCACAGCACAUCCGAGAGUGUGUGUAUUCCAUUGUGUGUGUGUGUGUGUGUUCAGAUAUACCGUGGGGACGCCUUCCUGCACGCGUUGGAUUUUGUGCGGAGCGAGUGCAACGAGGCGAAUGUGCUGCACCGCCUCAAGAAGGAUGUGAGGGCCAAGUUCGCCUGGACGGUCGUCUUCACCUUCCUCUUCUGGAGCUACUUCUUCUACAUCGUGAGAGAGGCGCACAGCACACGCGACACACAUCUGAUCUGCACAGACGAGACGAGCAUGCCGCCCGCCGCAUAUAAGCUGUGUCCACGUGGUGUGUGUGUGUGUGUGUGUUAGGGCGUGAUUGAUCGUGCCUUGGUGUUGUCCGACCGGCACAAGAAGUACUUUGCCAUCUUCCCCGGGAUGCACAACGCGCCCCAGUGGCUGUUAGAGCUCAACGGCUACCUCCUCGAAAUAUGCGGCACCCUCUUCGAGCCAUUCAUUGGCAUGGUGAGCCUCCCCCCCCCCCACACACACACACCCCUCUGUGUCCAUCUUUUGACGACUGAUCGGUUCAGACCGUGGCGGCUCAGACGGGGAUUAUCUGCGUGAUCCACCGAUCGUCGUUCAACGUUUUGAUGUACCACAUGAUGAAGCGGGACAGGCACAUGCAGAUGCACGCCCGCGCGCAGGAGUACAGCAGCAGGCCGCCCAUGGCCAUGGCGCUGACGGUCCCGCAGCUGAUCGAGAUGCACCGGUCGCUCGACGGCAUGCUCAACCGCAGCAGCCUGAUCUUGCAGGCGCCCAUCACGGCCAUGGGGGCCCUGUACUUCGUGUCCUUCCUCAGCUGUCUCUUCCUGAUACUGUUCCGUGAGCCGAGCUCCAACGGGCUGGAUGUUUUCUUCAUUGUGGUGAGUUCAGUUCAGUCAGCUCCCUCAUGAGACACACACACACACAUACAUGGAUGAGAUGAGUCUGUCGGUCGACUCAUCGGUGUGUGUGUGUGUGUUGAUGUGUUCUUCAGUUGGGGAUAUUUUUCACCGUGGGGCUUUCCACGUACUGGAUACUGUCAGACACGGCCAAGGUGACGGCCAAGUGUGCACGGCUCGCUGAGAUCGCCUCGUUUGCAUCACGGUAUGCAGCACACCACACCACAGCACAGCACAGCAAACAAAUGAAUGAGCCAGAGAGAAACAAAGACCACCAUGCCCCAUUUCUCUCUCUCUGUCCGUGUCUGUGUCUCUGUCUGUCGGUCUCUGUCUGUGCAGGCACUACUAUCUGUGCGGCGGCACUGAGAACCGCCCCUCCCUCCCCACGCCCGCCUCCUCCCACGCCCCCACACACGCCAUCGUCAGGGACCUCACUCUCUCCAAAGCCGUGGCCGACUCCAUCAUGCUCGCAGCAGCCACCCCACGCUCAUCAGAGGCACCCAGCAGGCAGGCCACCGCCGACCUGAGCAUCACUUUCCCCACCAACGGCUCGACCGUGGCCGCGCCCGAGCACUCCCGCACCAACAUAAAGCGGUCCUUCUUCGUCUUGCGGCCGUCGGUCGCGCGGUUGAUGCGGGCGUGGAGGCGACUGCGUAAGGUCAAGAGUGCAGAGCCCAGGAAGAUCGAGAUCCAGUCGCGCAGCAGGAGGGCGGGGGAGGAGGAUCUGGAGUCCGGGGUGCUGGGUGACAUCCCCGUGAGGGACGACAGCUGCGCGCUGUCGUACACGGCCUUUGUGCGGGAGAGCGAUGCGGGCCUGGGGGGCGUGUGUGACGGGAUGGGGAUGGGCGGGGGCGGAGGGGUGUAUAAUGUUGGGCGGCCUGGGGUCAAGCCCGCGAGUAGUGGGUGUGACAUAAUGCAUGAGGCCAUGGAGCAGCUCCUGCUCGUCCAGUACUUCCGCGCCUCAAGUAAGAGAGAGCACAUGAGAGAGCACACAGACUGACAACACAGCACAGCCCCAAGGAAGCAAAAACGACAUUCCCUCCCACUCCCACUCCCCCGCCCCUCUGUGUGUGUGUGUCUGAAUCAUCCGAAUGUUGUCAGAUUCUGCGUGGCGAGUCUACGGUGUGGAGAUGACAUCCAGUCUGCUGGGGAGGAUUCUGUACACGGUCGCCGCGCUUGUUGCAGUGGGGCUGCAGAGGGCGCUGUCUCUCUAAACAAGGAGAGGGGGGGGGACAAAGGGACAAACUGACUGGGGUAGUGGAGAGGGGAGAGGGGAGCGAGGAGAGAGAUGAUCAGUCACUUUGUCAUUUUUGUCUCUUCUUGUUGCUCGUGGGCCUCUGUGUGGGGCGUGAGUGUGUGUGGUGCGUGUGUCGACAUCUCAUAUGAGUGAGUGAACCGAGCGAACGAUUGAUUGGUUCAAAGCGUGUGUGUGUCGUAGUGAGAGUGCGUGCGUGUGCGUGUGUGUAUGUGAGGUUUUGUGGCUCGCGUGUGCGCGCGUAGGGUACACAGAGAGAUUAUUUCUUUGUGGUGGUUUAUCCGGGGAUAUCUGCGGUGUGUGGUGUGGUGUGGUGUGGUGUUCCGUUUGUUGUCUCUCUUUGUUAGGUAGGGCUGUUGGCUGCUGAGUCAUCGCUAUUUCUUUGGCCGGGUGGCGGGCGGGCGGGCGGGCGGGCUUUGUACCUCCUGUGCAAAGAUGGAGGGAUGGCUCCAUGGCUGACUGCACCACUGCAGCCAAGCCAGAUAAAUGGCAAGAUGAGAUGGAUGGAUGGAUGGAUGGACGGACGCAUUUGAGCGGUCCGUCCGUCCCUUCGUACGACGAUGGAUGUGAUGUGUGUGUGACGACUAGUCCAUGUGGUGCAUGAUUCAUGUCUGUGUGCCGUGCGUAGCACAAAGCAUGUGACUGACAUACAGGUCUGUCUGUCUGUCUCUCUGUGAGUGAGUGCGUUCGUUCAUUCGUGAGUAUGUGCGUGUGUGCGUGUGUGAGUGGGUGUGGGGCAUUUAAUUUUAUUGAGGAGUGAGUGAGUAAUGCGCGAUGCGCAUGUGGGGACGGACUUAUGUAGCUGACCGUACUUGAUGCAGUGCUCUCUCUGUCCUUGGUGUGUGACGAUAUUCUGAUGGAUGGAUGGAUGGUUGGACAAUCUCUCUCGUGUCUGCCAGACAGACAGACAGCCCUAUCGGCGGGUGGCAAGUUGACUGACUGAUUGCUUCACUUGAAAGAGGGCGCCGCCCAUGAUAUAUA